AUGGCGUCGAGCAGCACGAUCGACAUUCCCAGUGUGGUGCUGGACAAGGUCAAGAAGUUCCGAUUGACGCCGUCCAAGUCGCCGAUCACAGCGCAGGUGUACAAGAUCGACAAAAAGACGCUGACGCUCGAGCUGGAAGAGGAGCUGCUGACGGGCCUGCAGAGUGUCGAGGAUCUCAUCGAAGAGCUGCCCGAAAACUCCCCGAGGUUCCUCAUCGUCAACUACAAGCUCCAGCACCGCGACGGCCGCGUCUCCUACCCGCUGUUCCUGCUCUACUGGGCCCCACAAACAUCCUCGCUCGACCAGUCGACACUGUACGCGUCGGCGCUGAGCAACUUCAGCGUCAAGGCCGACGUCGCCAAAGUCGUCGAUGUCCGCGAGGGCGAGCUGAGCACCCAGCAGCUCGACGAUCGCCUGGGCGCCUGA